AUGGGUGGUAAAGCAUCUACACUCAAGUUAAAGCUAGAUAUAAAUGGAAAAUGUGGAGAGGAUAAAGACAGAUGUAAUUGUGAUAAUUCUGGCAAGUUUGUCGCCGAAAAGAAGACAGAUGAUCCAGUAAAAGGCUUUACUAAAUAUGCGCACAGUGUAACAAGUGGAACAUUUACUCUAGAUGGAGAACUGAAGGAUGGAGGUAGGAUAGUAGGUUUUGCGGGAACAAGAGGACAACCCAUACAUAAGGUCAAAGAGGUAUCGGUCUACUACUGGGAUCAGGCAGAAACAAAACCCCUCCUACUUGAAGUUAAAUAUGGUGGUGGUACAACUAUCUAUUAUGUCAGCAGUGGUAGUAGUAAUGAUUGGGUUUAUCAUGGGAUACUCCAAGGUCCAGCUCUUGAACAGAAGCUUGACGAUCUUAACUGCCAACAUAAUAGUGCGGUAACUAUAGAUCUUAGCAAGACUCGUGCUAAGGAUAGACACUCAUACUGUUGCGGUGGUAAUCAUAAUGGUGGUGCUCAAGGCUCUAAUAGGGUCAUUGUUAAGAAACAAGAAGUUUCCUGUAAUCAACAGGAUCACAUCUCAACUCGCCUUACAUACUACAAACAUGAGGUUAAUACUAGUUCUGGUACUGGAAUUAAAUUAGCAGCUAUCAAGUACAAUGAUAGUAGAGGUAAAAGAAAGAGAAUAGAGAUUCCUGGUUUUGUAUUACCUACCAAUGAUUCGGUAAAGGUUUAUGUAUUUUAUUGUAACAACAAUCCUAAACUAGUAUACGUAGAAUCUACUGUGCAGACUAACGUAAAGGGAUGGUUCAAGAAUGGUAGUGGUGAUACAUGGGAACCAUUCUCUGGUAUAAAUGAGAAUAGAGAACCGGAAAAGAUUACAAACUGUAACAAUGGCUUUAAAGAACUUGUGAAGGAACUACAGAAUUCAGGAUGCAGUCUAUCUCAAUGUACUCUAGUACCUCCCAAACCUGCUCCCCUUCCUCAACCUAUAUCGGGCCAAGCUAGGGGAGGAUCUGGUGUUGUUGGUAGUAGCCCUCCUGGUAAAAAUUCUAAAGGUCCUAAUCUGUAUAUUAUCGUCCCUUCUGUCCUUGUCCCAUCUGGCUCUCUGACCGUACUAGCCUACUGGGCCUAUACACAUACCAGAGAUCCCUGGGUACGACAAAUAUAA